AUGGGUCGCCACCUCGAGGGACGACUCCUGCGAUCCCACCGAGACGAGGUGUUCAGGCGACUCGGCGAAAAUUACUGGAGACUCGACCCCUACAUUCGCGCCCGCAAUAUCUCCGAUCGCACGGGUGUCAUCCAGGAGGGAGGCAAGCUGGACUACUACCCAUUGGGCGAAAAGCUGAUUCGCGCGAAAGCGAAGCCGAAGAUUCUAGCUUGGAACGUGAAUGGUAUGAACCUAUCCACUGUAACAACUAUUAACGGCAGGAGAGUAUGA